CAGGCGCUCUAUUAUUUUUGACACACAAAAAAAAGCCCCUAUCUUUGUGGUUUUGAAGUGAAUCUGAGCUCGUGACGCACCCGCAAGCCGUGACUCACUCACCCACGAAACGCGCCGCCACCGCCGCCGCCGUCACAUCACAGCGGCCUCGCCGUCGUCUCGGCCGUUCCCCGCCGUAGGGCCAGUUUCCCUCUAGCUGCCGGAGACCAUGUCGAGCGGCCUGGACAUGUCCCUGGACGACCUCAUCAAGAAGUCCAAGUCCCGGCCCAAGGCUAACCCGGCGUCCUCGUCGGGGCCUGCCCGCCGCGCGCCACACCCCGCCCGCGCCGCGCCCUACCCGCCGGCCGCUCCCAAGGCCCGUGCCGCCGCUGACUCGCCCUACGGGGUCUACUCCGAGCACAUCGCCACUAUAGCCGCGGUCGCGCCGCCGCCGGCGGCGGCGGCGGCCACAGCAAGGUCGCUCGAGACGGGGACGAAGCUGCACAUCUCCAACCUUGACCCCGGCGUCACCGUCGAGGAUGUCCAGGAACUUUUCUCAGAAGUUGGGGAGCUCAAGCGUUAUUCAAUGAACUAUGACAAGGAUGGGAGAUCCAAGGGGACCGCGGAAGUUGUCUUUGCAAGGAAAGUGGAUGCUUUGGAUGCUAUCAAGAGAUACAAUGGUGUUCUACUUGAUGGGAAGCCAAUGAAUUUAGAGCUCAUUGGAAACAAUGUCGAACCACCUCCCAUGCCACCACUGAUACCCAAUCGUCCUUUGCAGAACUAUAACGAUAUCCAUAUCAGUACAACAGCCAAGCAUAUCCAUUGUAUCCUCAAAAUUCAGCAGCCUAACUGAAAGCACCUCUGUAGUUUGUUUCUGCCAUCUCCAACAAAAUAAAGCGAAGAGGCAGGAUCUCUAAUUAAUUUGACUGUAUGGGACAUGGGAGAGGAGAGGGAGUACGGCAUCUUGCCUGCUCGAGCUUGCCGCUGACGCUGAAUCUCUUCACUGAUGGAGCGGGAAGGCAAUCGGUGGUGUGCGUAUGUGUGAGGCAGGUGGUGGCACAGAGGAAUGAGAGAAGACAGCACGUGAAGAGGGCCAGUUGCAAGAUGUCAGUCAGAACAGAUUGGGGAAGGGAAAUAAGCACAAGGGAAAAAAUCUGUGUUGGAGAAGAAAUAGGGAGGAAAGCAACUCAUUUCGUUGUAGAUGGUUGUCAAUGGCUCACCACUGGUCAGACACUAGAGCAGAGGCAACAGGGUGGCGGCACAGCUGUCAUGCGCCUACGCAGAAGAACCUGACAUAGUGACUUUGCCUAAUGUACAGCUGCUCUGGGUUGGGAUGUAUCAAGCACAUGUGCUGGUACUUGAGCCUAAGUAUCCGAUAUUAGAGUUUUUUUUAUUACAGAUACUUUAUGGCUACAUAUCCACCGCAUAUUGACCAUGUAUUUGUAUCGGAUACAUAUCUGGUAUGGGAUACGGCCCCUAUCUGGAGUCCUGGAGUACCAGGGUAGCAUAAGUUAGUACACUAGGCAAAUGCUCUGUAACAGCUACUUCAUGUAGGAAAUAAACUUGCCCCCUCCAGUUAAGGGCAAAUAAUAUUGACCCUGGUACACAUUCACCUUUGACUGGUGGUGCAAUAGAGGCCAACAGGUAUGCAGUUGGGAGUGUA